AUGAUUUUUUCUUUAUCCGAGUGCAUCAUUUGGGCUACCCUAUUUGCCGCCGAGUUUGUUGCUAUAGUAACGGUGAACCUGCUUUCCAUCAUUCUUUUUAUAAAGAACAGAAGCCUUCGUACCCGCAGAAUGUACUUGGUUAUAAGCUUAACCAUAGCUGACGUCUUGGUUGGAGGUGUAUCCGGGAGUGUCUAUCAGUUUGUUAUCCUAGAACAUUGUGACUUAGUAAAAUUUUAUCCCCCAGUAUUACAUCGGGAACUUCCUCUUUUUUCUUUCCUUUUGCCUCCCUGACAAACAUUGCUGUGAUUUCUGUAGAGCGAUUUCACGCCACGUUUCGUCCAUUUAGGCAUCGACUGAUCAAGAGAUGGGUCUACGUGGUAGCAAUUGCUGUUGUCUGGGUUUUUACUGUUAUUGCAGCAGUCAUUUGGGUGGUGGAAUGGCUUGAUGUGAUUGUAUUUCACAUUUACUUGUGGGAAUCAUACUGUUGUUUAUGUUUAAUUGUUACAUUUGUUUCUUACACGUCCAUUCUGUUUAAGUUUCGUUAUGGAGCACAUCCUCAGCGCCAUUAUGCAGCCGCCUUUAGACAAAGAAAACUGACCGUCACAUUAUUAAUAACAACUUUAGUAUCUUUACUGUUGUGGCUACCAUAUAACACAUAUUUUUUUGUUUUCUGGCUAACUGAUAGUGUUAAUCUUUUUCCUAUCCCAAAAUAUUUACGUUUGGAUUAUGCACUCCGUUUUUUAUAUUAUGCAAACUCACUUGUAAAUCCCAUUUUAUACACAAUUAGGAUGCCGGACUUUAAGAAAGCUCUGCUUUCGUUGUUUAGAAGUCAUCAAAGAGAAAAUGUUGCUACCAAGCUAAAUCGUUAGAAAGGGGUUUAUCGCAAAAUUUAGCGCACCUUGUAAAUAAAAAAGAAUUAAGAGAAGUUAAAGAGACGUCUAAUGCAUGUUCGUAUUUUCUCAAUUAAACGCCCUGGCGUCUAAUUCAAACUCAGCCUCGCGGACCGGUUUUUGUUCGAAUUUGCAGUUUAUUCGGGCUUACUGUUACUGAAGACAAUUUUUUUUAUGUCUUUUUCUUGACAACCGUGUAUCUUGCCUUAUACCGUUAGUUUGUUAUAAUAAAAAUAAACGUCUGGGGAUGUAUCUACAGCUUCCCCUCCAAGACCCGGCGUUUAUUUGGGGCCCGGCGUUAAACAGAGAGAAUACGGUAUACAUAGAAGCAAAGGCUACACUAGACUAUAUAUUGAGGAAGAACCGGAAUAAAUAAAAAUUAGAAAAUCAUGUUAGAAGGAAUGUGUGUUCGCUUUUGAGAAAUCUGCCGUUUACAUUUUAAUAUCCGGAUUACAAAGUUUGCAAUACAAAGCAAAAUCCGAAAGCUGGUUCCACCUUCGGCAAAUACAUCUUCAAGGUGUCACUUUCUUUAAGGCUAGUACCAGCUACAGAUACUUUUAUGGUAUGUUAUGGUAUUUUCGCCCAUUGGUUUAGUUUGGCGCAGUUGUUUAAAUUUUCGGUUUCGUUUGCUACUGAGGUAGAAAAAAACAGACCAUCGCAUGGAUGUUUUAAUAGAAGUCUCCGCUCCACCGAAGACUCAAAGAGAGCAACCGAACACCUUUCUCCUCCAGCAAAUAACAUAAGUGACUUGAAAUCCCUGUUGUUAUCUUGGAAAACUUGUAUCCUUGUUCAUUUAAAUGCCUGAAAAGUGUAGCUGUCAUGGUUUGCGUGUGGUUGCAACCGUUCUCGUUCUUUAUUUUUUACUUUAGCGUAGUCUGUUAUAAGUAGCUUGUUUUUUAGUUUCUCUGGCUCAUUUUCCUCCAUUUUGUUGACAGCAUUUUUCUCUUAGCAAUGCAUUUUCAAUGCAUUUAGCUAGAAAGACGUACUUUUUACUGUGUACGGGUUUUUGGAAUGAUUUUUUUAACCUUUCUAUUGUUGUUUUAGGCAAAAAUUAAAUCUCGUCGUCGUCUGCUGAAAACCAUGGCCAUUUUCUUGAAUUUUGUCGUUAAAACAGCUCUAAUCUGAUUGGUUCUUGGUGGUUUCUUUUGUGUUUUCAGCCAAUCAGAAACCAUUCGUAAUUUGCACUCGUGUCACAAGUUUUGCACUCGUGUUACAAGUUUGCACACGUGUUACAGAUGAACUGUACUCCUUUCUCAGCCAAUCAGAAUUGAGAAAUUUUUUCGUGUAUAUUAUUACUAAAAGUAUUCAAAUUAAUCAAAGAAUACGGAACGAAACAUUAACAUCAACUUUGAAAUACAUUUCACUGGUAGUUUUAAAUUUGUGGCAUCAAGUCUCGAAAAUCUCCUUACAAAUGUAAAACCAGAGGAAUUUUCUCAAUCUCAAAAACUUUUACUCAGAUUUACAACUUAAGCUCCUAACAAGGUGUUUACCCAUAUGAUUAUGUUGAAAGUCUGAAAUUUAUUUUCUGAAAAACAACUACCACCCAAAUCAGAGUUUUAUUCGACACUAGAGAACCAAGACUUUUCAGAUGAGAAUUACCAACAUUCACA